GAGGCCCAACGGCCAAUGCUCCCGCGCUUAAGAUCUGACCGAAAAGCCCUAGUCCUCCUCGGAUCAUGUCUCACCCGUCCUCGCCGCUCCUCCGGCGAACUCAAGCAAAUCCACGCCCACCUCCUCAUCUCCGGAGGAAUCUGCGAUCGCUUUGCUGCCGGAAAACUGAUCUCCUCUUUUGUAACUGUCGACCUACACUACGCCCUCCUCCUUUUCCGCUGCCUCCCCCAUCCUCCCUCCACCUUUCUCUGGAACACCCUUAUCGGCGCCUACACCAGCCGCAACCAACCGCUCUCCGCUUUCUCCCUCUUCUCCCGCAUGCUUGCAGCCGUACGCCUCCCCAACAACUAUACCUUCUCCUUUCUCCUUCGCUCUUGCAUCGCUAUCUCCUCUCUUUUCGUCGGUCAAGAGCUUCACGCGCUGAUCGAGAAGUUGGGGUGGGAGAACUACGAUUUCGUAUUGAAUGGUCUUGUUCAUUUAUACGCUUCCUGUGGCUGCAUGGGCGAUGCGCACAAGCUGUUCGACGUAUGCCAUCACCGAGAUGUUGUUACCUGGAGUGCCAUGGUUAAUGGAUACGUUAAGGGUGGACAAAUUGGUUUUGCAAGGGAGUUGUUUGACGAAAUGCCCGAGAGAAAUGCUGUUUCUUGGAGCACCAUGAUCACUGCUUAUGCGGGGGUUGGGAUGUUUACCGAGGCUUUGGAUGCUUUCAAUGAGAUGCAGGUUGCAGGGGUUGAGCCUAACCAUGCUGGGGUGGUGGGAACGCUCUGCGCUUGCGGUUUUCUUGGAGCUUUGGAUCAGGGCAAGUGGAUUCAUGCUUUCGUAGAGAGGAAUGGAAUGGAAUUAGAUAGGAUUCUAGGGACUGCACUGAUAGAUAUGUAUGCUAAGUGUGGUUGCAUUGAUAAUGCGGAUCAAGUGUUUGAGGAAAUGAUUGAAAGGGAUGUGUUUGCUUAUACGGCAAUGAUCUCAGGGUUUUCUAAUCAUGGGCAGAGUGAGAAGGCGAUUGAGAUGUUUGCCCGGAUGGAAGAGGAAGGGGUGAAGCCUAAUGAAGUGACAUUUAUUUGCAUCUUGAGUGCUUGUGGCAGACUUGGUUUAGUUGAGUUGGGAAAGCAUUUCUUUGAAAGUAUGGGCAGGGUUUAUGGAAUUGAACCAGGAGUGGAGCACUAUGGUUGCUUGGUGGAUCUUUUGUCAAGGGCUGGAUUGAUUGAUGAAGCGCAAAAGUUGAUAAGGGAAAUGCGAAUAGAGCCUGAUUCAUAUGUGUUGGGUGCCUUGCUCAAUGCUUGUAGAGUUCAUGGGGAGGUGGAGGUGGGAAAGGACAUUGUUGAGAGCCUAGUGGAAAUGGGCCUUGAUCAUAGUGGUGUUCAUGUGUUACUUUCAAAUAUGUAUGCAUCUUCUUUCAGGUGGGAAGAUGUGAGGAAGGUGAGGAGAGAGAUGGAGGAAAAUAAGGUUAGGAAAGUGCCUGGAUGUAGCAUGAUUGAGGUUGAUGGUGUGGCUUGUGAGUUUGUAGCUGGAGACCAAUCACACCCAUGUAUGGAUAAGAUUAUUCUCACUGUGAAGAGCAUGGACAAGCAACUGAAAUCCUUUGCCUCUCUUUUCGUCGGUCAAGAGCUUCACGCGCUGAUCGAGAAGUUGGGGUGGGAGAACUACGAUUUCGUAUUGAAUGGUCUUGUUCAUUUAUACGCUUCCUGUGGCUGCAUGGGCGAUGCGCACAAGCUGUUCGACGUAUGCCAUCACCGAGAUGUCGUUACCUGGAGUGCCAUGGUUAAUGGAUACGUUAAGGGUGGACAAAUUGGUUUUGCAAGGGAGUUGUUUGACGAAAUGCCCGAGAGAAAUGCUGUUUCUUGGAGCACCAUGAUCACUGCUUAUGCGGGGGUUGGGAUGUUUACUGAGGCUUUGGAUGCUUUCAAUGAGAUGCAGGUUGCAGGGGUUGAGCCUAACCAUGCUGGGGUGGUGGGAGCACUCUGCGCUUGUGGUUUUCUUGGAUCUUUGGAUCAGGGCAAGUGGAUUCAUACUUUCGUGGAGAGGAAUGGAAUGGAAUUAGAUAGGAUUCUAGGGACUGCACUGAUAGAUAUGUAUGCUAAGUGCGGUUGCAUUGAUAAUGCGGAUCAAGUGUUUGAGGAAAUGAUUGAAAAGGAUGUGUUUGCUUAUACGGCGAUGAUCUCAGGGUUUUCUAAUCAUGGGCAGAGUGAGAAGGCGAUUGAGAUGUUUGCCCGGAUGGAAGAGGAAGGGGUGAAGCCUAAUGAAGUGACAUUUAUUUGCAUCUUGAGUGCUUGUGGCAGACUUGGUUUAGUUGAGUUGGGAAAGCAUUUGUUCGAAAGUAUGGGCAGGGUUUAUGGAAUUGAACCAGGAGUGGAGCACUAUGGUUGCUUGGUGGAUCUUUUGUCAAGGGCUGGAUUGAUUGAUGAGGCGCAAAGUUUAAUAAGGGAAAUGCGAAUAGAGCCUGAUUCAUAUGUGUUGGGUGCCUUGCUCAAUGCUUGUAGAGUUCAUGGGGAGGUGGAGGUGGGAAAGGACAUUGUUGAGAGCCUAGUGGAAAUGGGCCUUGAUCAUAGUGGUGUUCAUGUGUUACUUUCAAAUAUGUAUGCAUCUUCUUUCAGGUGGGAAGAUGUGAGGAAGGUGAGGAGAGAGAUGGAUGAAAAUAAGGUUAGGAAAUUGCCUGGAUGUAGCAUGAUUGAGGUUGAUGGUGUGGCUUGUGAGUUUGUAGCUGGAGACCAAUCACACCCAUGUAUGGAUAAGAUUAUUCUGACUGUGAAGAGCAUGGACAAGCAAUUGAAGUCCUUUGGUGAUGACAAUUGUUUAAACCAUUUAAGCAAUCUAUGAAGAAUUGAAUUUCUAAUAUGAUUGGGAGGUGAAGUCAUCUUUACUGAUAUAUACAUGUCCAUUAGGUGAAUGCACAAGCCAUCCCUCGCUUUGGUCAAUAGGGUUUGAUAGUGAAUGUGAUAAAUUCAUAGCCUCACUUUUAAAGGCUUUCCACAGUGAACAAAUAAUUGGCAGAGAGAUAAAAAAGAACAGUUUUUAUCUCAAGAAAAAAACCCAUUGUCUUAUUGUAGCAUUUAAAAUAUUUUAAGUGGAGAAAAUGUCUUGGAUGAAGCUGGAAUCGAAGUUUAGAUCCUAGCUGAAAUCGACUCAAAACUGUUGAGGUAAUAAUUUUGCCAUUCCUUUUCCAUGAAAGUGAACGAAAAUUUAUAGAUUCAUCUUGUUCUAUCUAAUUUAGUCUGAUUUCUGGAGGCACCUUAUAUUUGUGAAUUUGGAGUUUCACAUGCAAUUUUGUUUUGUAUGAAAGAGUCUUGUUGUUUCCAUCACUAUAUACUUACAUGUAACUUUCACCUUCGGAUCUUUUAUUUCUGCCCAUCCAAGCAUAAAUUUGCACAUUAUACUUUACAUAUGACCUAUUUGAAUUGUUAGCUUUCACUAUUUGUGGGACAGGUGUCAUCUUGGAAAUGCGCUGAUGUUUUUUUAUUUAAUUCCAAACUUGUAUUCACAAAAUUUUGCUUCUUAUGCUGCUUUGUGCCAAUAUUUUUGUGUUAUGUUAACAGAAGGUUUGACAUAUUGCCCUCACUUUUAGCUGAACCGACCAAUCAAGUUUAUAAUCCUAGAGACAAAUAAUAUAGUGUUUUUUUUCAGAAAGCACAAGAAGUUGUUUUAACUCUUAGGCUUCGUUUGGGAUUGCUUUUUUUAUGCUUCUUAAAGUAGCUAGUACAAUUUUUUUAAAAUUUUUUACUAGAAAGCUGCUUUAAGAAGCAAUGAGAAAACUGUCCCAAACGAAACCUUAAUGUUUGGUUGUGUUGUUCAUCUAUCAAGUCUAGGAGGACAGGAUUUGGCUCUUACCAUUGAUCAUGUAAUGAUGUCUGUGCCAAAUAAAAUAUACUGAUGUUAUUGUCUAUCCAUGAUGAUUAGAAUGAUUAUUUUUCUUCUGGAUGAUGAUCAGUUGUUGUUGAUUCAGUAACAUCAGUUUAUGAAGAAAUUGAAGAUAAUAUUAGAUUAUUGUAAUCAAAGUAUCUCUCAACUCAGCUGUGUAUUAUACUUUUCAAGUCUGUUUUCUCGCCCCCUCAUUUUCUUUUACCUGCUUAAUCUACUCUUUAUUGUUUUGCCCGUCAAAUACUAUCUUGAUAUGCGCAUAUACAGUAUAUAGAGAAGACCAGUAAGGCUUUAGAAAAAGGAGUUCAAAUUGCA